AUGCUUCUCAAACCCUUCCUCUCCAUUUUAGGCCUUCUAGCGCAAACAACGCUGGUCAAUUCAGCAGCAUUAGCCACCCAGAAACUCUCAAAUCGAAUAGAAUGCCAACGCACAGCCCACAACUGUCCUAAAGGCACGAUCCUUGUCUCAGCAACCGACACCCGCGCAAAGUAUAAGACAAUCCAAGGCGCCAUCGACUCUUUACCCAAUGAUCACACAACCCAAACAAUCCUUAUCCUGGAGGGCAACUACACUGAACAACUGAAUGUCACCCGCGCAGGGCCGAUCACCAUCCUCGGUGAAACGGACUCGGCUACAGAUGCCUCCAAGAACAAGGUUACUGUCAACUUUGCCGCCGCAAACCAGGAUAGCACGGGGACAAAUGAUAAUACCUGGUUUAGUGUGCUGGUUGUGGCGCCUACACUUAAUGCGAGUCUGGUAGGCUCGGGGACCACUGGGUUUGCAGUUCCAGCUGACACGCCAUUUGGAAACCGGAACUUCAGGGUUUACAAUGUGGAUUUCAACAAUGAUUUCGCACCGUAUACUGAUGGCCCAGCUGCGGCUUUGAUGUUCAGUCGUGCUAAUGGCGGUUUCUACUACUGUGGAUUCUAUUCUUACCAGGAUACGAUCUACGUUGGAAAACUCGGAAACGCCUACUUCUACAAAAGCAUCAUAGCCGGUCAAACAGACUUCCUUUAUGGCUUCGGCACUGCCUGGAUUCAAUCAUCGGAUAUCAAACUCCGAGGCUGCGGCGGCGGUAUAACAGCCUGGAAAGGAACGAACACCACCUUUGACAACAAGUAUGGAGUUUACAUUGUUGAUAGCAAUAUUGCCGCGGCGAAUUCGUCCAUCGCACCUGAUAUCAAGGGGAAAUGUUCACUUGGUCGGCCCUGGAACUCUCAGCAUCGAUCUAUCUUUGCGGAUACUUGGGAGGAUGGAAGUAUCUUGCCUGCGGGGUACACUCACUGGAUAUCUAGUGGGGUUGACCGGUUCGAGGAGGGGAUUACGCUUAUGGCAGAGUAUCAGGCUUAUGGGCCCGGAUUCAAUCGGACGGCAAGAAUCGAAGGUGGAAUUGAUACUUUGCUUACGAAGAGCGGGUAUAAAGAGUACUCGACCCCUGCACUUGUGUUCCAAGAUCAGGAGGGGGUGUUUGGGGAUGUCAGUUGGAUUGAUUGGGAGACCGUUGAGGGGAAGUGA